GUCAUCCAGGGAAGCGUAUUAGGUCCACUUUUGUUUCUUAUGUAUAUAAACGAUAUAUGUGACACCAUAGAAUUUGUGAAACCAUAAUUAUAUGCUGAUGAUCUCAAAAUAGUAUACAGCUAUAAGCCUGAGACACUAAGCGAAAGUGUAUCCCAGAUCCAAAAGGACCUCAAUAACUUAACUAUAUGGAGUGAAAAAUGGCAAUUACCAUUUAACCUCAACAAGUGCGGGAUCAUGCACUUUGGAAAGCAUCCUUAUAAACUGCAACUUCACUUAAAUGAAUGUAGAGUCCAAACACUCGAAUCAGUACGCGAUUUAGGAAUUAAUUACACAGGAAGCCUGAACUUUGAAGAACAUGCCUCCUCUAUUAUUUCUAAAUCUAGACGGCUAAUUGGCUUUAUAAUGAAAAACUUUUUCACAACAGAGGGUAAACUUACUCUCUACAAAAUAUGUGUACGACCCUCCCUUGAAUACUGCUCUUUUGUAUUCUCUAAUAUGAAUAUCACAGACAAGAUAAGAGUAGAAGAUGUUCAAAGACGUUUCACACGUCAACUACUAGGAUGUAACUCGAAUCUCGAUUACACAGAUAGAUGUAAGCAUCUAUCUUUAGAACCUUUAUGGCGCCGUAGGCUAAAGAACAAUUUAAUAUUUCUCUGCAAAGCGAUAUAUGGGCUCUCCUUUCUAACCUCCUGCCCGACUAUUACCCACGACCCAGCCUAUAGACUUAGAAACAACGCAUAUACACUACUUACAGUAAAACACCAAAAACAAAUGCGUUGUAAGUUUUUUAUAGUACGGUAUAGUUUAUUGUGGAACAGGCUGCCAAUGCCUAUCCGUAACUGUGAUACGUUUACUAGAUUCAAAAAGUUAAUAACCCUAUUUCUAGACUCCAAAGAGCUUCAACAUUUCCUUGAACUCCCGCCCACCAAUGAGGCACUUUAUUACGGACCGCCUAGUAUCUAGAAAGAACAAGAUUAUAGCAAGUUCGACUGUUACUAAUAUGAAUAUGACCAAAUCACAGAAUAUAUAUGGCUUAUCCUUUCCUAUUAUUCAUUGUUUAGUAAUCAUGGCCUUAUGUUCCUAACCGAGGCUUUCAGUUCCCAAAUCUCUAUAGGUUAAAUGUACAUUACUCUUCCUAAAAGUCAUGCUUUUUUUUCUACUGCAAGUAGACAGAUAGCUCAAUCUUAUGGAUGCUCAUCUACUAAGGUCAAUCAUACAAAGCUCAAAAUUUGGCCACGAAGUCUUGUGAGUUUCUUAUUUUUUAUUUGUCUUACCCUGAAAUCUUUUCUUUUCUACAAUUUUAUACCCUCUCAUAUCUUUUGAUUUGCUAUUAGUCCUUACUUCUUUAAACCAUUAGUCAUUUUCAUAACAGUGUGAUAUACUAUAUGGACAUCUUACCCAUAAAACAGACUUUUUAACUAUCUGAUUUGCUUGUAACAUGGACGUAGUAAAGACAGUGUAUUCCAACUAUGGGCUUUGAUUAAAGCAGUAUUCAUACUUACCACAAACGUAAGAGAGCCUAACAUCACAAAAGGAGGGAGGGUGGCGUUACUGACCAGCAAACAUGAAGGUGGGGAGAUAAAUUCAAUCCACCCAUGUCUGUAGGGCAGAACAUUUUGUUUAAUUACUGCUCCUUAUGGUUUAGUGGAAUGUCACCAACUUAUGGUAUUGAUGCUGACUUAUCACGCAAAAUACCUCUUUAAAUCGUGUUAAGAAUGUUGAAUUGGUUUCACUUUCUACCCAGAAAUCCUAUUACAAGCGAACUAGACAAUGCGCUAAUAUACGAAGUCUACUCAAGACCCUAUGAUACCU